AUGAUUAUUUUCGUGUUUAAUAUGAUUAUCCUUAUUGGGAUAAGCAUCGUAACGAUUUCAUACACACGUUUACUUUUAAGAAGUAAAAAAAAAGCAAUGGCUUCAACCGUUUACCAAGGAAAAGAAAUUCGAAAGUUUAAUCAGGCACCUGGGCCACAUCCAUGGCCAGUAAUCGGGAACUUGGAUAUACUAGGUCGAUUUCAAUACAACCCUUUCCAGGGUUUUGGUGCAUUGACAAAAAAGUAUGGUGAUAUUUACUCCAUAACUCUUGGACACACUCGCUGCCUAGUAGUGAACAACAUCGAUUUAAUAAAAGAAGUCUUAAACAAAAAUGGGAAAUUCCUAGGCGGACGUCCGGACUUUUUUCGAUAUCACAAGCUUUUUGGAGGUGAUCGGAACAAUUCAUUGGCCCUGUGUGACUGGUCGAAAUUACAACAAAGGCGGAGAAAUUUAGCAAGACGGCAUUGCUCUCCUCGAGAAGCUUCUUCAUAUUUUUCUAAGAUGUCUGCGAUCGGAGGCCUUGAAAUUAAUCAUUUAUUGGACCAGCUUAAGAUAAUGUCUUUAGUAAAUUCGUUCGAUAUAAAACCAAUAAUUCUUAAAGCCAGCGCUAAUAUGUUUUGUCAAUAUAUGUGUUCAGUUCGUUUCGAUUACAACGAUAAUGAUUUUAAAAAAAUAAUAGAAUACUUUGAUGAAAUAUUUUGGGAAAUUAACCAGGGCUAUUCCUUUGAUUUCUUACCUUGGCUUAUACCAUUUUAUAGCAAUCACAUAAAAAAAAUAGUGCAUUGGUCAACUAAUAUACGGAAAUUUAUUUUAGAUAGAAUUGUCAAUCGUCGAGAAAUAAAUAUUAAUUUGGAUGAUCCCGACAAAGAUUUUACUGAUGCUCUGCUAAAAAGUUUGAAAGAAGACCAGAAUGUAUCCCGUAAUACAAUCAUUUUUAUGCUGGAAGACUUUAUUGGAGGGCACUCCGCAGUUGGGAAUUUGGUAAUGUUGGCACUGACGUACAUAGCCAAAAAUCCAACGAUUGGUCAGCUUAUUAGGCAAGAAGUAGAUAUUGUUUCCAAUAAGGGACUAAAAAGUAUUACCCUUUACGAUAUGAAUGUAAUGCCAUAUACAAUGGCUUCCAUUUUAGAGGUUCUACGACAUUCAUCGUCCCCUAUUGUUCCUCAUGUAGCAAUGGAAGAUACAGUGAUAGCUGGAUAUGGCGUUAUAAAGGGUACAAUAGUUUUAAUAAACAAUUUUAUUUUAAAUAUGAGCGAAAAUAACUGGAAUUAUCCCGAUCAAUUUGACCCUGUCCGGUUUCUAGAAAGAAAGUAUACAAAAAACAGAAGCAGUUCGUUAAAAACCAAUGAAUAUACUAGGUCCACAGAAAGUUCAGAUUACGGUGUAGAGAUGGAUAAGGAAAAAUACAACAAAUGCGUUUUCAAUCAAUUUUUAAAAAAUAAAAUAAACCAAAAUAAAAGUGUUAGUAAUGGACAAGCAUUUCAGCUUAAAAAUAAUAUUCCACAUUUCUUACCAUUCAGUGUAGGUAAGCGCACAUGCAUUGGGCAAAAUCUGGUUAGAGGAUUUGGGUUUCUUCUACUUGCAAAUAUUAUACUAAACUAUGAUGUUAAGUGCUCUGACUUUUCGAAAAUUAAUUUACAAAAAUCAAGUGUGGCCUUACCUACAAACUGCUUUGAGCUAAUUUUGCGGCCCAGAAAUUAA